UUUUUCUCACUCAAAUGGGAUGGUUCUCAAGCAGCUCUAAAACCGAAGAACCCGGUGCUCCUUCAAGAGAGGACCGUAAAAAGUGCUGGGAGACGAGGGAUGCCUAUUUUGCUUGCUUGGACUCUGUCGGGGUGGUGAAAGCUGGAGCGGAAGGCAAUGCGUGCGGAAAGGAGAAGAAAAGAUACGAAGAUAGUUGUGCGAAGAGCUGGAUUGACUACUUUAACCAACGGCGGGUAAUCGCGGAUGCACAGAGGGAAAGACUGGCGCAGGGAGAUUCACAGGCGGGGAACACACGGAGGUAGCGAAGAUCUCCGCAUACAUAGGGUCCAGUUUUCUUGGUGA